AUGUCCGAGAAACUGCAGGCAAGUCGGGCGAUGGACCAACAAGUCGUCACCCCCAAAAGAUUCUCAGACGAAGCAAAGGAGCCCAGGGUGGGCGUCCUUCGCAAAAAGUCGGGCUUCUCUGGUUUUGUCAACAGUCUCGUUGGGUCUCAGAAGAAACCCAUCAUCUCCGCUCCCGAAAAUCCCGUCCAUGUCACGCAUGUGGGCUAUGAUAGCACAACCGGGCAGUUCACCGGUCUCCCGAAAGAAUGGCAGCGACUCAUCAACGAGAGUGGCAUCCCCGAAAAGGAGAGGCGAGAGAACCCCCAAACUAUGGUGGAUAUCCUCAACUUCUACAAGGAGACGACAGAACGACCGCCUGAAGACCAGGUCCUGGACAAAUUCCACGAUGCGCGUGCCCCCGCAUAUGGCCAAUACGCCGCCAGUCCCGGCCCGGGAAGUGCAUUGUCGCCAGGCGCGUAUCCGACAGCGAAUUAUAUGGGAUCCUUCGAAAACCCCAGGCAGCCGCCUCCCGUACCCGGUCGCGGGCUCGGUCCGGGCAAGGACGUCAACAUGAUGCCUAGCCGGCCUGCACCAAGGCCACCGGUGAGCUUAACGUCGCGCGUUGCAACCCAAGCACCGCAGACAGCCAAGGACUCAGGCAUCGGCAUGGCCCAGGCGGCAGAGGACCUACCGGCCGCCGCCUACGUUCCUCCCAAAGAACACACCUCGAUGCUACCCGAGGAGCACCGAUCGAGAUCACGAUCAAACUCCAAGAUCAAUGGGACUUCGCCGCUCAUGCCCUCCACGCCGCAGCCACAGGGGCUCGCAUCUCCGCCACCAUCAGCGCAAGCCAUGGCGUACCAGCAGCAGCUACUGCAACAACAGCAGGAGCAGGCCUUGGCUCAGGCGCAAGCUGCCAUGUCUGGCCAGGUUGGGCGUGCCCCUAGCAAACGACAACCUCCGAGUCUCCAGCAGCCCAUCCAGAGCCCUCAAGCCGCUCAACAGCAAUAUCCUCAAGCCGCUGGCGCACCUGGUCCUCAGGGUCAACAGCGAUCGAAUGUCGGCAUUCCUGGCCAGCCAGGCUCAAGACCGCGCCACCGAGCCCGACCCAGCAACGGUAUUGAUAUUGUGGCCGCCCUGAAGCGCAUCUGUACCGAUGGGGACCCGCGCGAGGUGUACCGCAGCCUUAACAAGAUUGGCCAGGGCGCUUCUGGUGGUGUCUUUACCGGACACGAGCGCGGUACGAACCGCCUUGUCGCCAUCAAGCAGAUGAACUUGGAACAACAGCCCAAGAAGGACCUAAUCAUUAACGAGAUUUUGGUUAUGAAGGAAAGUUCGCAUCCCAACAUCGUUAACUUCAUCGACAGCUAUCUUGCUGGCGGCGAACUUUGGGUCGUCAUGGAAUAUAUGGAGGGAGGAAGUUUGACCGAUGUUGUUACGUUCAACAUGAUGACGGAGGGACAGAUCGCCUCGGUGUGCAGGGAGACAUUGAAGGGUCUUCAACACCUGCACUCAAAGGGCGUUAUCCACCGCGACAUCAAGUCGGACAACAUCCUCCUCUCCCUCGAGGGCAACAUCAAGCUGACUGAUUUCGGUUUCUGCGCCACUAUCAAUGAGGCUCAGAACAAGCGGACAACCAUGGUCGGCACUCCUUACUGGAUGGCUCCCGAGGUCGUUACCAGGAAAGACUCUCGACCCUCCGAGAUUGCAAGGGAGUUCCGCUAG